UGGGGGCCGGCAAUUGUGGAAGCAAGUUACUCAUAAAAUUUGUUUCCAGGAACCGUCAAGUCAGCCAUCUUCUGCUUCGUAUCCACCCAAAAGACGACUGCACCUUGGUUGACUCAUCAAGCAUUGGAGAAGACCUUCGAGUCAUCGCCAAUGGAUCUCACAUAAAUCUCACACAUCUGCGACCAAAAGUAACCUCCUCACAACAGUCUUUGCAUGCGACAGACGAGGCUUCCACUCGUGUGCAUCAUGGCCUCCACAGCAAGUAACGGCGAGAGCCAGUCUCCCGCUGUACAACUCCGUCAGUGUCUCCCACCCUCCCCUUCCCUUCUCACCCUCGCGUGUCAUGUUUGAACGGCUACUAAAUCCCGUAGAGAGUGCCAAAGACCAACCUGAAAACCCGUUCGCAAAACUGGUUGGCGAACAAGAUUACGCCAUUGUACCAUCCUUCAUCCUCGAGUCCGGCGUUGUUCUGAAAAAUGUUCCUGUGGCAUACACUACCAGGGGGCAGCUCUCUGAAAAUCGAGACAACGCACUGGUGAUAUGCCAUGCCCUCAGUGGCAGCGCCGAUGUGGCCGAUUGGUGGGGUCCAUUACUGGGAGGACCAGGUCUGGCCUUUGACAUUACGAGAUUCUUCAUUGUGUGUCUAAACAGCUUGGGAAGUCCAUACGGCAGUGGAAGUCCUGUGACAAAUAAGGAUGGAAACCCCGAGAUGGGAAGAUACGGUCCAGAGUUCCCUCUGACCACGAUAAGAGACGAUGUCAAUAUACACAAGAUUAUCCUCGACCACCUCGGCAUCCGUCAGAUAGCGGCGGUGGUGGGUGGUUCUAUGGGCGGCAUGCUAUGUCUCGAAUACGCAUAUUUCGGCAAAGACUAUGUUCGGUGCAUAGCACCGAUCGCGACAUCAGCAACGCACAGUGCUUGGGGCAUCAGCUGGGGUGAAGCACAACGACAAGCAAUAUAUUCUGAUCCGAAAUAUGAGGAUGGAUAUUAUGACAUUGAGGAUCCUCCCACGGCUGGCUUGGGCGCCGCUCGCAUGUCAGCACUCCUUACCUAUCGAAGUCGCGACUCUUUUGAAUCCCGCUUCGGGAGAAACACACCCGACCUAUCCAAGAGACAGAACAUAAAUCAGGAGAAUGGUUCGAAUUCAAAUGAGCAUUGGUCGAUUCAUAAUGAUGGUCAUCGACGCGCGAAAGGUUCUCGACCAGCUUCUCGCAACGGCACGAUUUCCGAACCACAGUCGCAGACAAAUUCGCCAGCGGAAGCACAAACACAGACUUUCCAAGAUCCUCAGUUCACAGGUACCACGGAGUUCUCUGUGCCCGCACCAGCUCCCAGACGACAAACCUCACGGCCUACAAACCAUUACUUCUCUGCCCAGUCAUACCUGCGGUAUCAAGGCACGAAGUUUGUCGGGCGGUUCGAUGCGAAUUGUUAUAUCGCCAUCACACGCAAGCUUGAUACUCAUGAUGUAUCCCGGAACAGGGCAUCGAGUGUCAGCGAAGCGCUGGCGCAAAUUGAACAACCCGCUCUGGUACUGGGCAUCGAGACCGACGGACUCUUCACGAUUGCCGAGCAGGAAGAACUUGCUCAAUGCAUACCCAACGCACGGCUAGGCAAAAUCGACAGCCCGGAAGGCCACGACGCUUUUCUGUUGCAGUUUGAGCAAGUGAACAAUUAUUUGCUGUCGUUCUUCCGCGAAAACCUGCCGGAUAUCAUGGGCAAGCCUGGCAUUGGAGGAACAGAAAAUGAAGCGCAAGCUGGAGUGGGCACAAUGACCAAGAGCAGCACGUUUGGAGAAGCGGAAGUGGGCGAUUUGACUGCCUGGUAACUGCAUGGUAGCCUGCUGCCUGCUAUGAAACACGAAAAACCCGGGAAACAGAUGGGUUCGAAAUGAGACGCUAUAUGUCCCAGAAGCCAGUUCAACUCUGGAUAGGGACUCUUGGUGGCGCCACAGACGAAUUGUCAGCGAGUCUGUACAUAUUGACGGAGUGUUUGUAUCAUUGUCGUCGGUUCUGUAAGGCCGCAUUCACAAGAUACCCGGGGUGUAUAUGGUUUAGAUAUUUUGAAGCAUGACUCGAAUGGAACGAACUUGUUCUUCCACAUACGAUUAACAGCUCUCCUCAUCGGCUCUAUUUCGGUGGACCUAGGUAUGAAGACACACGAGAUGCACCGAACGACGAGGAGUAUGGAUCACUCCAGCUAUGGCUGCUUACCCGGCUCCCUAGGCCUACGCUGAAGAGCCCAGCCACAUGAUCUGAGCGGGAAGAGGUUAGGAGAACUUAGGACGAGGCAGCCUCGCACAGGCUGAGGGGCGCCACAAUGACAGG